AUGAUCAGACUGUUUCUGCAGAACAGUAGCUCAGCUCGAGUACAGUGUGUGAGGCUCUUGCAAACUUUUCCAGUGAUGGUAAGUUACAAAGCUGCGCUAAGGAAGUUAUACUUUGUUUUAUUUUCAAUAUAGAGUAAAAGUAAUCUCUAUGAGUUUCGUUGAUCAAAAUAUUGUACAACUUUAAUACAAUCAUCUGUACAUCAGAACGGGUGAUUCCACCUACACAAUAGCGUUUUCAUUUUCGCCUAGCCCGUUACUUCAUUGGUCUGGCUAUUUCAUUUCUCUAUAUUCGGCUUUUAAAAUCAGGAGGAAAAUAUAAGACCCUGGAGAAUUAUUCAGUCUGUUCCCAGCCAGUAUUAAAUUUAGUUGUAACAGGAUGGUGUUUAUGCAGUAAGAGCCUUGAUGCGGUGCUCUCACGGACCAAUUAUUGCUUGAGGGAUGACCAACUUCACUCCUCCACCCCCCAAACUCUACUCCGUUUGCUUGAGGAAGUGUUUUUUUUAAUACCUUUUGGAGUGAUUAUGAACUCCUUCAAUAUUUUGUUCAAAAUUGGUGACAAAAAAAGUCCCCUACCCUUUCCCCCACCUCUGUCUCUCUCUUUUUUUUCCUGAUGACACCCUUAACACAAGGCUGGAAGAGCCCAGUUUUUGACCCUUUAACUCCCAAGAUCUGAUGGCUAAUUUUUCCCUUGCCCUGUUACACAUUUCCUUCUAAAUUGAUUGCAAGAAUUUGGUGUUAGAUCAAGACAACAACUUCCACCUGAUAAGUUUGAGUAUCCUCAUUACUGUUUUGCUGGAUAAUGUCUAGAUAUAAUAGGGAGAAGUUACAUGUUUAUCACUUCUGGAAGUUUAAGGGUUAAGACAGUGUGGGAAACAUGAAGAUGGGGUCCAAGUACUUGACUUUCUCCUUUGUUUGUAUAAGAAAUAACAUGAUUUCAAUUGCAAUUUGUUGUUAAUAAGCACAACUAAAUUUUUCAAAGACAACAAAAUCCCAUGAGCCUGUACUGUACUCUCAAGUGUAAUUUGUAGUCUUUGAAAAAUCUACACUAAAUUGCAAAGAGAAAUCAGGUUAUUUCUUGUUAAUAAUGUACAUGAAAAGACGCCAGGAAGGGUCAAGACAGACAAAAUUUUGAAAGCAGGCGUGUGCUAUUUGUAAUCUGCACAGAGGUUAUAACUUUGCAUUCAUGUUACAUGAGAAUACACUCGUUUUCAGCCAAUCAGAAGUGCGUAAUUUUUUCAUGCACAUUAUGAAAAAUGUAACCAACAAGUCACCAUAAUUCUCCGCAGUCUUCACCAAAGUCUACGAAAUUCACUGCUGAAGAGAGAGAGACAGAACUGCAGCCUUUAAAGUCCUCAGGCUGGACAGAGGUUGAGGGACGCGAUGCCAUUUACAAGGAGUUUAAAUUCAAGAAUUUCAACCAAGCAUUUGGUUUUAUGACACGUGUGGCUCUGACAUCAGAGAAAAUGGAUCAUCAUCCAGAAUGGUUCAAUGUUUACAGCCGAGUGCAAGUAACCUUGUCAACGCAUGACUGUGGAGGGCUCUCUGCAAAAGACAUCAAGCUUGCAAAAUUCAUGGAUAGAGCUGCUGGGUCUAUGUGA